UGUUGAAUUCGUGUGGCUGGUUUGCUCCUGUUUCUGUGGGCCACACGGGGAAAGGUAAAUAAAGACAGAACGGUCACCAAAGGAACAUUUACACGUCAGGUACCGACAAACAGUGGGCUGUUAACCUUAGCAGUAUUCUUAGUAACCGCUGGACUCUGUCGUGUUUUGUCUCUAAAUAAAACUGCAUUAUUUUCCGGAUAAAAGGGGAAAAAGAGGAGAGGUGACCACAUCGCCUGUGCAGAUAUCUAAAGGUGUCAGUUUCCAGAUCCAGCCUGACUGUGUAUUGCCAUGGCUAUGCGGGAGUUAGUGGAAGGGGAAUGUGGGGGAGCCAAUCCCCUCAUGAAACUGACUGGUCACAUAACCCAAGAGGGAGGGGCUUGGAGACACCGAUCAACACCCACUAUUCCUCCUACUCCAAUUGAAAUAGCCUCUGAAGAGGAGCUGGUGAGUGAGUUUCUGCAGGGCCCACAACGACCUCCCCACAGUUUUGAUAUGGGACAACUGCUGGAGGAAAUGCAGCAGAUAGAUCAACAAAACUACAGACAGGCUCCUCAGAGAGCUCCUGACGUUGCUGCUCUGGCAUUGUCGGGCGAUUGGGCAGCAGAAUUCCUGUCUGGUGCCGACUCCGCCUCUUCUCCUGGGCAAGCUGGCUUAGAUCCAGCUGAUGCUGAUUGGACCAGAGAAUUCAUCAAUGAAGUGGCAGACCCUGGCCGCUGGGCAGAGGAGUACCUGGAGCAAUCAGAGGAGAAGUUGUGGCUUGGAGAUUUGGGAGAGAGAGAACAAGACAAAGAAUGGACACAAGAAUACCAGUCAGGGGAAGAACUAAAACAAACGGCAAAUGAGCUCCUUGCCAAAGUGGAUGAUCCUAAACUACAUAACACAGAGUUCCUGCGGUUCAUUAGGCAGAUUGGCGAGGGCAGUGUGACUGUGGAGGACAUAGCAGGAAAAGAGCUCACUGAUAAAGCACAGGCCAAGGAGGCACAGCACUGGGCCUCCAGCCUCAACCAGUUCCUGGAAUCAGGGGAAGGGACUGUUCAAGUGGAAACUCGAGUGGGCAAAAAGAAGAAUGACAAAAUUACAGCUAAAAAGGCAGAGCAAUGGGCUACUAUCGCCAGGCAGGUUUCGGCAGAAUCAGCAGAAUCCUGGGUAGAUGAGUUCACUGCUUGUGGGCCAGAUUUCCAACAGGCCAAAGCGGCGGUGGAGAGUGAUGUUGAUUUCUGGGAGAAACUCCAGCAGGAGUGGGAGGAAAUGGCAAAGAGAGAUGCUGAAGCUCACCCCUGGCUCUCUGACUUUGACCAAAUGCUCAGCAGCUCUUAUGACAAGGGAUAUCAGUUUGAAGAAGACAACCCCUUCCUAUCCCAUGAAGAUCCAUUAGCUGAGGGUGUGAGGAGGAUGGAGGCAGGGGACAUUCCUGGAGCUGUACGUCUCUUUGAGAGUGCGGUUCAGAGAGAGCCAGGCAACCAACUGGCUUGGCAAUAUCUGGGCACCUGCCAGGCGGAGAAUGAGCAAGAGUUUGCUGCUAUCAGUGCCCUCCGCAGAUGUAUUGAACUGAAAAAGGACAAUCUAACAGCCCUCAUGGCUCUAGCUGUGAGCUUCACCAAUGAGUCACUGCACAGACAGGCCUGUGAGACACUUCGCGAUUGGUUAAGGCAUAACCCUAAAUACCAGCCUAUCCUGGAGCAGCAUGAACAAGAGAAGGAGAGAGGAGGCGUGAGGGAGAAGGAGAAAGAGAGGGAGAGAUUUGGAUCCCUUCUGCCAGAGGCACUGUUUAAUGAAGUGCAGUCACUGUUUUUGAGUGCAGCAGCCGCUGAUCCCACUCAGGUGGACCCUGAGCUGCAGUGUGGUCUGGGAGUUCUCUUCAACUUGAGUGGAGAAUAUGACAAGGCUGUGGACUGUUUCACAGCAGCUCUGUCCAUCACACCACAGGAUUAUUUGUUGUGGAACAAGCUGGGAGCAACUCUUGCUAAUGGGAACCGAUCAGAGGAGGCGGUAGCUGCUUACAGACGAGCACUGGAGUUACAGCCUGGAUUUGUACGCAGCCGAUAUAACCUGGGCAUCAGUUGUGUCAACCUAGGUGCCCAUAGGGAGGCAGUAGAGCACUUCCUAGAGGCACUUUCGCUGCAGAGACAGGCCGCAGGGGACGGAGAGGGAGGCGCAGGUCGGGGACCAGGUGCAGCAGCGAAUGUGAUGUCAGACAACAUCUGGUCCACCCUGCGCAUGGCGUUGAGCAUGAUGGGAGAAAGCUCACUAUACACAGCUGCUGACCGGCGUGAUCUAGACACGCUGAUGGCACAUUUCUGCCAGAGAGAGGGAGAGACAGAAUGAAGGAUGGAGGGAAUAAUGGAGUGAAGGGAGAUAGAGUGUGAGUGUGGAGAGAGGUGCUAUGAAGAGCAAAACAGCAAGACUGGAGGUGUGAAUUUCAACAAAAGUUGAACGAGAUGGAGGACGAUUUUUAGAGGUGGCAGUGUGGGGAGAUUAAAGACAAAAAAAGGAGUGUGAAACACCCAUUCAGCCCCAGCACAGCAUGAAUGGAUAGACAGACAAACUGAUGACUGUUCAUGUGAAAAAAGGUCAUGAUGAAAAGCCAACGGUACAUCAAUUAACACAACCAGACGGUGGAUGUAAUUUAAUUACACUACAAUUUUACCACAGCUUUUGCCAGACGUUUACUCUUCAGAGAAUCUGUUGUAAUUUUGUAUUUUGUUUGUUUUGAAGACAACAACAGUUCUUGCCAUUGUCCUUCUCAAAAUAACAAUACAUAUACAUCUCAUAUAGGGAAAAUUAGGUCCCUGCACUGUGAGCUCAAAAAUACUUACCUUUGUUUGACACAGAGAGGAGAGAUAUUGAGAUAUAAAUGUUUUAUGUGUCAAUACUGUUCUCGUAUGAAAUAACGGAGGUAAUUUGGAAGCCUUUAAGUUCAUAUCUUGUUUAUUUGUGAGUGAGGGAAGGGUUGUGAGACUGAAAGGCACUCUUAUCAUGGAUAUUUGCUCUGUCUGUAAAUUAGUUUGCUUAAUUGUAAAUUCUACUUGCCAUAUUGUGUAUUGCCCAAUAAUUAUUAUUGUUUUACAUAUAGCCAAUCCAAACUGAUAUCUAUGUAAUCUAAGCAAUAAAGCUUUG